AGUGUGGGACGAGUCGUAUCACCGCCUGACUGAAAUACAAGGGAUAGAGGUGACCCUUCCGUCUACUCUAGUCCGACUCUGAGCCACCGCAGACCUACAGCAUCUCCAGCCGUUAGCCAAAAUGCCCGAACCAAUCCGUGUUGUGGUGACCGGCGCUGCUGGCCAGAUUGCCUACUCCCUGCUGUACAGCAUCGCCAAGGGAGAUGUGUUCGGGAAGGACCAGCCAAUCAUCUUGGUCCUGCUGGACAUCCCCCCCAUGCUGCCCGUGCUGGACGGAGUCGUCAUGGAGCUGCAGGACUGCGCCCUCCCACUGCUGAGGGAGGUGAUCCCCACUGACAAGGUGGAGGUUGGCUUCAAGGACCUGGACGCGGCCAUCUUGGUGGGCUCCAUGCCCAGGAAGGAGGGGAUGGAGAGGAAGGACCUGCUGAAGGCCAACGUGGCCAUCUUCAAGACUCAGGGAGCCGCCCUGGACAAGUACGCCAAGAAGACCGUCAAGGUUCUGGUGGUUGGAAACCCAGCGAAUACCAACUGUCUGAUCGCCUCCAAGUCUGCUCCAUCCAUCCCUAAAGAGAACUUCUCCUGCCUGACCCGACUGGACCACAACAGGGCCAGCUCCCAGGUGGCGAUGCGUUGCGGCGUGUCCUCCGACAAAGUGAAGAACGUCAUCAUCUGGGGGAACCACUCGUCCACCCAGUACCCCGAUGUCCACCACGCCAAGGUCAACCUCCACGGCAGCGAGACGCCCGCCUACGACGCCGUGAAGGACGAGACCUGGCUCAGAGGAGACUUCAUCUCCACGGUGCAGCAGCGCGGAGCUGCCGUCAUCAAAGCCAGGAAGCUGUCCAGCGCCAUGUCUGCCGCCAAGGCCAUCUGCGACCACAUGAGAGACAUCUGGUUCGGCACCAAGGAGGGUGAGUUCAUCUCCAUGGGCGUGUACGCUGCUGGAAACUCCUACGGCAUCCCAGAGGACCUCAUCUACUCCUUCCCCAUCGAGAUCAAGAACAAGACGUGGAAAAUGGUCGACGGACUCCCCAUCAACGACUUCUCCCGCGCCAAGAUGGACGCCACGGCAGCCGAGCUGGUGGAGGAGCGGGACACCGCGAUGGACUUCCUGUCCCAGUGACUGUCGAACCUCGCUGGCCAACAGCAGCAGCACGUAGACCCCCCGAUGGCUC